AUGUCUCUGGAAGCUUCUCUUGAACGACGAAAGCAGCCCCAAGCUCCCGGGACUGGCAAUGGAAAUGGCGUCGUCUCGCCCAGCUCACACUCUUUCUCAACCCAUAGGCUUCGUCUUCAACCCAAGGAAGAUCACAAGUCGGAGAGCUAUGAGGACCUGCAAUUGGAAUUCAGCCCGCUCCUCUUCAGCAUGCUGGAAAGGCACUUGCCUCCGAGCAUGCUCAAUAUGGCACGCGACCUUAAGCUUCAGUAUAUGAGGGACAUUCUACUCCGAUAUGCUCCUGAGGGCGAACGCAACCGCAUUCAGAGGCAUAGAGAAUACCGACAAAAGAUUAUAUCAAACUAUCAGCCAUUACACAGGGAGCUUUACAGCAUGCAUGCUGCGAACUUCUUUGUCCCCUCUUUUCUCAAAGCUAUCAAUGAGAAUUCGGAGGAGAGCUUUCGACGCAUCAUGUCUGAACCCUCUCCAGGAAUUUAUAAAUUUGAAAUGCUUCAACCACAAUUCUGUGAAAAGCUGUUAUCUGAGGUAGAAAGCUUUGAAAGAUGGGUUCACGAGACAAAAUUCAGAAUCAUGCGACCUAACACAAUGAACAAAUAUGGUGCUGUUCUUGAUGACUUUGGUUUGGAGACCAUGCUUGAUAAGUUGAUGGAUGAUUUUAUACGUCCUAUAUCAAGAGUUUUCUUUCCAGAAGUUGGAGGAGCCACACUGGACUCUCAUCAUGGUUUUGUUGUUGAAUAUGGAAUUGACAGAGAUGUGGAACUUGGUUUUCAUGUGGAUGAUUCGGAAGUCACAUUGAAUGUUUGUUUGGGUAAACAAUUUUCUGGUGGUGAACUGUUCUUUCGCGGCAUCCGAUGUGACAAGCAUGUUAAUACGGAGACCCAACCAGAGGAAAUCUUUGACUAUUUGCAUGUUCCUGGACAUGCGGUUCUUCACCGUGGUCGUCAUCGGCAUGGUGCUAGAGCUACAACAUCUGGGCGUCGGGUCAACUUACUUUUGUGGUGUAGAAGUUCUGUGUUCAGAGAGUUAAAGAAAUAUCAGAAAGAUUUCUCCAGCUGGUGUGGAGAAUGCCAACGUGAGAAGAGAGAAAGGCAACUCCUAUCAAUUGAUGCAACAAAGCAGGAGUUACUUAGAAGGGACGUAAAAUCUCCCCCUUGAGCCUGCAAUGGUGAAAACUAUUGUUGAGGAGCUGUAAAUUUUACCAAAUAUGAAGGAUGUUCAUCAAAACGAAGUCUGCUGUCCUAAAACUUUCGCCAUGUGCAGGUAAUAGGUGUUGUCCUGUAUUAUUUAUUGUGCUGCAUUACAUUUUGCAGUUGUAGCUGUACAUUUUAAAAUGUUGUUGAUAGGUGAAAAUAGUUGUCAGAAAAAUUUAACCAAUUAGAAACCCGUUUGUGCCGAAUUGGAGUGAACUAACAUGUAAUCUUAGCUUCUGAUACUCCCUAUAUGUCAAAUUGAAUAUUCUGUUCAUAGUGCAGCAAAUUUAUUACACUGCUCAUCAAGUCGGCGACGGCAAUGAGAUUGGAUUAAUGUGGCGAAACAAAUUUUGAUCCUGAUCCCCACCAAGAUCGUUGGUGGUCGUUGCUCUUCCUUCUCUCCCAAUCUUACAACAAAAUCGAGGAAAAUUCAAGGAAAACCUCUGAAAUAAUAUCGAUAUUUGGACCGUGAAGGUUGGAGAUCGAGGUUUGAGCAUAAGGACGCUUCUGGUUGCAGGAUCAAUCUUCUUCGCCAUUGUAGAGAGUAGCUUAUGUUAUGAGUAGUCGAAUAGUAGUGGCUCGAGAAGAGUGCUGCUCGAGGCCUCGUUGCUACUAGAGACCAGGGAAUGUCACAUGGAUCGAAGAGUGUUAGAGUUGCUUUACAAGAUCUUAGAACAACGUGUAGCCUCUUGCGAGCAACUUUGUCGGUAUCAAUGGUCUGUUUUAUAUAUAUAUGCGACAAUGUCAACUAAAUAUACCGAGUGAGUGAGUGUAUAUGAGGAAUUCAUGGAAUAGACCUGUCAAUAAAAAGUUAAAUACUAUAUUAUAAAUGUAGGAUGAUAUUAUUAUUAUUAUUA